AUGGAUCCCUUGAUCCGCAAGCUCCGGCGCCACCUUCUCCGAUGCCUUCACCGAUCUCGUUCCGGAUCCGUGUUUUUUGUGAGGAGAAUUUCGUACAAGGAAGUUAGAAAAGCAACUGAUAGUUUUCAAAGAGUAGUUUAUAGCAAUUCCGAAGUUUCUGCAUAUGCUGCGAAUUUAGGAGAGGGAUGCGGCGGUGUUUGUUUGGUGAAAGAAGUUAAAGAUUUUGAUAGGGGAAAUGAUGAGAGUUUUCAUAAACAAGUGCAGUUGUUGGGACGGUUGCAUCAUCGGCACCUUCUUUCACUCAAAGGCUUUUCUCUCGGACACGAUCGAAAGAGCAAGAGAUUGCUUAUAUUUGAUAAUAUAGAAAAUGGAAGCUUAAAGGAGCAUCUUAAUGAUCCCUUGAAGACUCCUUUAAAUUGGAGGACGAGGUUGCAGAUAGCUAAUGGCGUUGUGGCUGCACUCGAAUACUUGUUUCUUUUCAGUGAACCGCCGAUAAGUCAUGUCUCUAUUAGCUCUAGCAAUAUUAUGUUAGAUGAGAAUUUCACCCCUAAACUAUCUGAUUUUGGCCUUUUUACUGGUGGAAGUUCUGUCAUGAUGACACAAGAUUGCACGGGGCAGGAAAAUCGUAAGAUUAUAUUCCAACUUGGAGUGCUCAUCCUGGAACUUGUCACUGGUCAGUCUUCAGAGAUGGAAGAACUUAAAACUCUUCUAGCUGUGGCAAAAUUAUGUAUCAAAUCAUGGGACAAACCUUCAUAUACAAUUCCUCAGUUGUUUCGGUAUCUUCAAAAGGAGACUGAUAUUCCCCAACAUUAG